CCCAGUGGUGGCAGGCCCACUUACUGAUGGAGCGCAUCUGGUGGCCAGGCAGGUGUCCUGUGCUACUUGUGGUUAUGGGCUUGUCUUGUGACCCCUGGUGUACCCCUUGCUGCCUUUAGGCUUCCAGGCCGAGAGGUACCCUCUCUGAACCUCUGGCUUCUCCUCGAGGGUUAGGUCACAGCCCUGGAAGUGGGACGUCCAGCACAGGUUAGGCACACAGAGAGCUCUUAGGAUGGCCCGUCUGUGUGCAGUGCAUCUGUGCCCUCCUGUGGGUCAGGGCCCUGCCCGCACUUACGUGCUCUCUCCGUUCCCUUCUCCUCUCAGGGCUGAGGCUCCCAGCCCCGUGAUGCACGUCCCUGCAGGACCUGAGCGCCUUGGCCCGAGGCCCCGGCCCGCCAUGCCGCUGCCACGUCUGAGCCCACGGGUGUUGCCACUGCUGUUGCUGCUGCUGCUUGGGGGUGCGCAGGCGGCGGCAGGUGUGCCCAGGGCGGGCGGGGGUCUGCAGCCCACCUUCAGCACCUUUGCUGCCAGUGAUUGGGGCCUCACGCACCUGGUGGUCCAUGAGCAGACGGGCGAGGUGUACGUGGGUGCGGUGAACCGCAUCUACAAGCUGUCGGGGAACCUGACGCUGCUGCGGGCCCACGUGACGGGCCCCGUGGAGGACAAUGAGAAGUGCUACCCGCCCCCCAGCGUGCAGUCGUGCCCGCACGGCCUGGGCAGCACCGACAACGUCAACAAGCUGCUGCUUCUGGACUACGCUGCCAACCGCCUGCUGGCCUGCGGCAGCGCCUCCCAGGGCAUCUGCCAGUUCCUGCGGCUCGACGACCUCUUCAAGCUGGGCGAGCCGCACCACCGCAAGGAGCACUACCUGUCGAGUGUGCGCGAGGCGGGCAGCAUGGCGGGCGUGCUGAUCGCCGGGCCGCCGGGCCAGGGCCAGGCCAAGCUCUUCGUGGGCACGCCCAUCGACGGCAAGUCGGAGUACUUCCCCACGCUGUCCAGCCGCCGGCUCAUGGCCAACGAGGAGGACGCUGACAUGUUUGGCUUCGUGUACCAGGACGAGUUCGUGUCAUCGCAGCUCAAGAUCCCCUCGGACACGCUGUCCAAGUUCCCAGCCUUCGACAUCUACUAUGUUUACAGCUUCCGCAGCGAGCAGUUUGUCUACUACCUCACGCUGCAGCUGGACACGCAGCUGACCUCGCCAGAUGCCGCCGGCGAGCAUUUCUUCACCUCCAAGAUCGUGCGGCUGUGCGUGGAUGACCCCAAGUUUUACUCCUACGUGGAGUUCCCCAUCGGCUGCGAGCAGGCAGGGGUGGAGUACCGCCUGGUGCAGGACGCCUACCUGAGCCGGCCCGGCCGCGCCCUGGCCCGCCAGCUGGGCCUGGCGGAGGACGAGGAUGUGCUGUUCACCGUGUUUGCACAGGGCCAGAAGAACCGUGUGAAGCCCCCCAAGGAGUCUGUGCUGUGCCUCUUCACGCUCAGGGCCAUCAAGGAGAAGAUCAAGGAGCGUAUCCAGUCCUGCUACCGCGGCGAGGGCAAGCUCUCGCUGCCCUGGCUGCUCAACAAGGAGCUGGGCUGCAUCAACUCGCCCUUGCAGAUUGAUGACGACUUCUGCGGGCAGGACUUUAACCAGCCUCUAGGGGGCACGGUCACCAUCGAGGGCAGACCUCUGUUCGUGGACAAGGAUGACGGCCUGACUGCUGUGGCCGCCUAUGACUACCGGGGCCGCACCGUGGUGUUUGCCGGCACGCGCAGUGGCCGCGUCCGCAAGAUCCUGGUGGACCUGGCGAACCCUGGUGGCCGGCCAGCCCUGGCCUAUGAGAGUGUGGUGGCCCAAGAGGGCAGCCCCAUCCUACGUGACCUGGUCCUCAGCCCUGACCGCCAGUACCUCUACGCCAUGACGGAAAAGCAGGUGACACGAGUGCCCGUGGAGAGUUGUGUGCAGUACACGUCGUGUGAGCUGUGCCUGGGGUCACGGGACCCCCACUGUGGCUGGUGUGUUCUGCACAGCAUCUGCUCGCGUCAGGACGCCUGCGAGCGGGCGGACGAGCCCCAGCGCUUCGCCUCAGACCUGCUGCAGUGCGUGCAGCUGACCGUGCAGCCUCGCAAUGUCUCCGUCACUAUGUCCCAGGUCCCGCUCGUGCUGCAGGCCUGGAACGUGCCCGACCUCUCUGCCGGAGUCAACUGCUCCUUCGAGGACUUCACUGAGUCUGAGAGCAUCCUGGAGGACGGCCGGAUCCACUGCCGCUCGCCCUCCGCUCGAGAGGUGGCGCCCAUCACGCGGGGCCAGGGAGACCAGCGGGUGGUGAAGCUCUACCUGAAAUCCAAGGAGACGGGCAAGAAGUUCGCAUCUGUGGACUUUGUCUUCUACAACUGCAGCGUCCACCAGUCCUGCCUGUCCUGUGUCAACGGCUCCUUCCCCUGCCACUGGUGCAAAUACCGCCAUGUGUGCACGCACAAUGCCGCUGACUGCGCCUUCCUGGAAGGCCGAGUCAACGUGUCCGAGGACUGCCCGCAGAUCCUGCCCUCCACGCAGAUCUACGUGCCAGUGGGCGUGGUGAAGCCCAUCAGCCUGGCUGCCCGGAACUUGCCGCAGCCGCAGUCGGGCCAGCGAGGGUAUGAGUGCCUCUUCCACAUCCCGGGGAGCCCGGCCCGCAUCACCGCCCUGCGCUUCAACAGCUCCAGCCUGCAGUGCCAGAACUCCUCGUACUUCUACGAGGGCAAUGACAUCAGCGACUUGCCAGUGAACCUGUCAGUGGUGUGGAAUGGCAACUUCGUCAUAGACAACCCUCAGAACAUCCAGGCCCACCUCUACAAGUGCCCGGCCCUGCGGGAGAGCUGUGGCCUCUGCCUGAAGGCCGAUCCGCGCUUCGAGUGUGGCUGGUGCGUGGCUGAGCGCCGCUGCUCCCUGCGCCCCCACUGCCCCGCCGACUCACCCACCGCCUGGAUGCACGCCCGCCACGGCAGCAGCCGCUGUACCGACCCCAAGAUCCUCAAGCUGUCCCCCGAGACGGGCCCUCGGCAGGGCGGCACACGGCUCACCAUCACGGGCGAGAACCUGGGCCUGCGCUUCGAGGAUGUGCGGCUGGGUGUGCGUGUGGGCAAGGUGCUGUGCAGCCCCGUGGAGAGCGAGUACAUCAGCGCAGAGCAGAUCGUCUGCGAGAUCGGGGAUGCCAGCAUGGUGCGGGCCCACGACGCCCUGGUGGAGGUGUGCGUGCAGAACUGCUCCCCCCCCUACCGGGCCCUGUCGCCCAAACGCUUCACCUUUGUGACUCCAACCUUCUACCGUGUGAGCCCUGCCCGAGGGCCUCUCUCGGGUGGCACCUGGAUUGGCAUCGAGGGCAGCCACCUGAACGCAGGCAGUGAUGUGGCUGUGUCUGUCGGCGGCCGGCCCUGCUCCUUCUCCUGGAGGAAUUCCCGGGAAAUCCGGUGCCUGACGCCCCCAGGGCAGAGCCCUGGCAGUGCCCCCAUCGUCAUCAACAUCAACCGUGCUCAGCUCACUAACCCCGAGGUGAAGUACAAUUAUACUGAAGACCCCACCAUCCUGAAGAUUGACCCCGAGUGGAGCAUCAACAGCGGAGGGACCCUCCUAACGGUCACAGGCACCAACCUGGCCACUGUCCGAGAACCCCGCAUCCGGGCCAAGUACGGAGGCGUCGAGAGAGAGAACAGCUGCCUGGUGUACAACGACACCAUCAUGGUGUGUCGGGCCCCGUCGGUGGAUAACCCUGCCCGCAGCCCGCCUGAGCUAGGGGAGCGGCCUGACGAGCUAGGCUUCGUCAUGGACGACGUGCGCUCCUUACUUGUGCUCAAUGCCUCCUCCUUCGUCUACUACCCUGACCCCGUGCUGGAGCCGCUCAGCCCCACGGGCCUUCUGGAGCUGAAGCCGAGCUCCCCUCUCAUCCUCAAGGGCCGGAACCUCCUGCCACCCGCACCGGGCAACUCAAGGCUCAACUACACGGUGCUCAUCGGCUCCACGCCCUGCGCCCUCACUGUGUCGGAGACGCAGCUGCUCUGCGAGUCGCCCAACCUCACAGGGCAGCACAAGGUCACGGUGCGGGCCGGGGGCUUCGAGUUCUCGCCGGGCACGCUGCAGGUGUACUCGGACAGCCUGCUGACCCUGCCCGCCAUCGUGGGCAUCGGCGGGGGCGGGGGCCUGCUGCUGCUGGUCAUCGUGGCCGUGCUCAUCGCCUACAAACGCAAGUCGCGAGAUGCCGACCGCACCCUCAAGCGGCUGCAGCUCCAGAUGGACAACCUGGAGUCCCGUGUGGCCCUGGAGUGCAAGGAAGCCUUUGCAGAGCUGCAGACAGAUAUCCACGAGCUGACCAAUGACCUGGAUGGUGCCGGCAUCCCGUUCCUCGACUAUCGGACGUACGCUAUGCGGGUGCUCUUCCCUGGGAUCGAGGACCACCCGGUGCUCAAGGAGAUGGAGGUGCAGGCCAACGUGGAGAAGUCGCUGACGCUGUUCGGGCAGCUGCUGACCAAGAAGCACUUCCUGCUGACCUUCAUCCGCACGCUAGAGGCCCAGCGCAGCUUCUCCAUGCGUGACCGUGGCAACGUGGCCUCGCUCAUCAUGACGGCCCUGCAGGGCGAGAUGGAGUACGCCACGGGCGUGCUCAAGCAGCUGCUGUCGGACCUCAUCGAGAAGAACUUGGAGAGCAAGAACCACCCGAAGCUGUUGCUGCGGCGGACUGAGUCGGUGGCAGAGAAGAUGCUGACCAACUGGUUCACCUUCCUUUUGUACAAAUUCCUCAAGGAGUGCGCGGGGGAGCCACUCUUCAUGCUCUACUGCGCCAUCAAGCAGCAGAUGGAGAAGGGCCCCAUCGACGCUAUCACGGGCGAGGCGCGCUACUCCCUGAGCGAGGACAAGCUCAUCCGGCAGCAGAUUGACUACAAGACGCUGACCCUGAACUGUGUGAACCCUGAGAAUGAGAAUGCCCCCGAGGUGCCAGUGAAGGGGCUCAACUGUGACACAGUGACGCAGGUCAAGGAGAAGCUGCUGGACGCCGUGUACAAGGGGGUGCCCUACUCCCAGCGGCCCAAGGCUGGGGACAUGGACCUGGAGUGGCGCCAGGGCCGCAUGGCACGCAUCAUCCUGCAGGACGAGGACGUCACUACCAAGAUCGACAACGACUGGAAGAGGCUGAACACACUGGCUCACUACCAGGUGACAGAUGGGUCCUCGGUGGCCCUGGUGCCCAAGCAGACAUCUGCCUACAACAUCUCCAACUCGUCCACCUUCACCAAGUCCCUCAGCAGAUACGAGAGCAUGCUGCGCACGGCCAGCAGCCCUGACAGCCUGCGCUCACGCACGCCCAUGAUCACACCCGACCUGGAGAGCGGCACCAAGCUGUGGCACCUGGUGAAGAACCACGACCAUCUGGACCAGCGGGAGGGUGACCGUGGCAGCAAGAUGGUCUCGGAGAUCUACCUGACACGGCUGCUGGCUACCAAGGGCACGCUGCAGAAGUUUGUGGACGACCUGUUCGAGACCAUCUUCAGCACGGCGCACCGGGGCUCGGCCCUGCCGCUGGCCAUCAAGUACAUGUUCGACUUCCUGGACGAGCAGGCCGACCAGCACCAGAUCCACGACUCGGACGUGCGCCACACCUGGAAAAGCAACUGCCUGCCCCUGCGCUUCUGGGUGAACGUGAUCAAGAACCCGCAGUUCGUGUUCGACAUCCACAAGAGCAGCAUCACAGACGCCUGCCUGUCGGUGGUGGCCCAGACAUUCAUGGACUCCUGCUCCACGUCCGAGCACAAGCUGGGCAAGGACUCGCCCUCCAACAAGCUGCUCUACGCCAAGGACAUCCCCAACUACAAGAGCUGGGUGGAGAGGUACUAUGCCGACAUCGCCAGGAUGCCUGCCAUCAGCGACCAGGACAUGAGCGCGUACCUGGCCGAGCAGUCGCGGCUGCACCUGAGCCAGUUCAACAGCAUGAGCGCCUUGCACGAGAUCUACUCCUACAUCACCAAGUACAAGGACGAGAUCCUGACGGCCCUGGAGAAGGACGAGCAGGCACGGCGGCAGCGGCUGCGGAGCAAGUUGGAGCAGGUGGUGGACACAAUGGCCCUGAGCAGCUGAGCCACCUGGCCGCCACUGCCCAGCGGGAGUUGAGUGGCAGGGCCCGCAGGGGCGGCCUCCGUCCAGCAGCCGGAGCUGGGAGAUCCGUGGGGGCAGCCUCGCCCCAGUUGUGCAGUCCAGCGUCCUCCCUCCCCCGUCCUGCCUGGCGGGGUCCCGGUUCUCAUUGUGUGGGUACGGCAGUGUCUGCAGCACCCUCUGUGCCCAGAGCUGCUUGCCACAGGGCUGUAGGGGCCCCGGCGUGGCCGGGGCCUUCUCGGGAGAAUAGGAUGAGCGCUAAGGAUUUGGGGGGUGACUGGAGUCCUUCGGGAAGGGGGAAGCCAGUCUGGUCCGCCUCCUUGAGGCCAGGCUGCAGAGGCCAGAAGGGCCAGGGUGACAGGCUGGGGGUCUGUUUCCAGUGUCCCAGGCAGAGUCUGAGGGCCGGGGUCUGGCUAGCAGCCCUGGGAGACUGAAUGCCCAGGGCCUGGCCAAGGUGAGCUGAAGUCGGCCUGGGCCAUUGCUGCCCACCCGCCACGUCCGGCACCCCUGCGCUUGCUGCUGCACCACCGCCACCGUCCUCCGAUUCACCGCGUGCUCUCCGCGGAGGCCGGAGCGCCAUGUCGACCUCGCCCAGAGAGAGGCCCCGGCUCCCUCCUGUGGAGGGGCUGCAGGAGGCUCUGCUCCAAGCUCCCAGGUGACUUCCAGAAGGACUCGACGACUCCGUUUCUGUCCUCAGGGCUGUGCCUCUGGGGCCACUGGGGCCUGGGGCUCCAGGUCGUAAGCGCACGUUCCCCUUAUUUAUUCCCCCACCGCUCCUGCUCCUGGGCUGGGCUUGCCAGCGUGGAGGUCUUGGGAGUGGCCCCGUCACCCUCCUCCCUCCCUCCCAUCUCCCCUGCUCUCCACGUCCACCUUCCAGGCUCCCAGUCUGGCAUCUCAGCAGCGUGCUGGCCCCGCAGGAGCGGUGGGACAGCUGGGGACUGAGUUUUUAGAGUAAAUAAAGAAAUCAUGCUGCACUGUGCUGGGCCACACCUGCCGGCCUGGCUGGGAGCAGGACGCAGUGACCAGAGGGCCUGGAGGCGGCCUCCGUCCACCCUGCCCUCAGUGAUCAAGAGAGAACAAAUUUUUAAUUAAAAAAACCUGUACAUAUAUAUAUAUGUGGCUCUAGCCUCAGUCUCCAGCCCCAGUGGGGUCCUGUAUAGUUACCCAGAGGAGGAGAGAUUUCACAAAUGGUUUAGAAUAAGAAUAUUAAGGCGGUGGGAAAGCAACUCCAAGCAGUGGUGGAAAAAGCGGCCGCAGUUCCCACGUGGAGCACACCCGAGGCCUCUGCCCCCGACCUUUGACCUUCGGGUCAUCAUCCUGUUUUCUUCGUUUUGAUGUGAAAAGGAGAGAACGUCUCGCGGCCCAAGAGCUUCCGGGCGCGGGCCUGGGUUCCUGCAUGACUGUGCUAGCGUUUAGUCUGACUUGAUCCUUUUAAAGCUGCAAGUGUUGAAUACUAGAGGCUGUUAGACCCUUUUUUAUGUUUUUUAAUUAAUCAGUCACUUGUGAAAGCAAAUAAGUGGCCCGUUCCCUCUUCAAGUUCACGUUUUUGAUGGUACUAAAGAUUCCCACGGCCUUUAAGGGACAGCUAACUGUGGCCGGCCCCACGCCCACGGGCUGCCCACCCCAGGCCCCUCCUGAGCAUGUGCUGGGCUGCACCCGGGAGGUCAGGUUAUGGCUGCUCCCUCCAGGGAGGCAGUGUGAAGUCAGAGCUCCUGACUUGGGAAGCUCCUGAACCCGGGGAAGCGGGGGGGGCCCCCCUGGCCCCCUGGGCACUGAGCAUGGCUCGGCCUGCGGCUGCCGUGGGUGCCCAGCUGGAGCUCAGACCGGCCCCGCCCCCAGUGUGGCCCUCACGGCUUGUCCCUGGGUGGCCACAGGUCAGGCCAGUCCAUCUAGAGGUUGGGCAGUCUUGGGUGGCCGCUUGCUUUGACCUGGAUUCCAUCCUCAGUGUACCCCUGCCUUCCCUCUGAUGCCACCUGGCCCUGCCGGGGUGGGAGUGUCGGUUUGCCCUGAAGCCUUCCCUGGAUGCUGGCUUCUCAUUGAAGCCCCUGUUCUUCCUGUCCCACGCCGGUCAGGUUGGGCUCCUCAGCCCCUCGGCCACCCUUUUCAGGAUCCAGUUCCAACCCCACUUCCUUAGGCCUCCCUGGGCCCCCUGUGCUUGCCCCUCGAGGCUGCACAUUCCGGGCAGGGACCUUCCCCACGCCCUUGUCACGUGGGCAGUUGGCAGGCCGGGAGGUGGUGACAGAGAAGGGAAGCCCACCCGGCCCUGCAGGGCGUGUGGCCCACCGCAGAGCGCACGCGUGCCAGGCGCAAGCACUUUAGCAGUACUGUUUACACACGAGCUGAUGGAGCUGAUCCCAAGCCUGCCCUACCCCGCAGCAGGUCCCGCACCUUCUUCCCUGCCAGGUCGGGGACAGAGGCUCCGAGUCCUCUCGCUGUUCCCGAGCUCCUCCCAGCCCUGUAGCACUCUAGGUGCUGGCCCAGGCACCCCGGCACCUCUGGGCGUCCUCCUUCCAGGGUCUCUGACCCCAAGCUCUGGCACUGGCCCGGGGGGUGUGGGGGCCCGGCGGGAGCCUGGGACUGGAGCCCCACUCUGCACAACAAGGGUGGGUGCGAUUGUCCUGAAGGCCCCCCAGCAGUCCCAGGGCUCGGGGAGUCGGCCACUGCCCAGCCCAGGCCUGCUGCUAUCGCCUGCCCUGCGCAGGCCACCUUCCCUUCCCCGCACACGUCUCAGGAGCGCCAGGCACAGCUCACGCCUCCGUCUCGGAGCCUGGUCUCCCCAUAUACCUCGAGCUUGCCCUGCCCUCCCUGCCCGGGGCCAGCGGCCCCCACCUGCCCCUCCCUGGCCCGGGUGCCCGAGCCGGAGCACCCUGAACGUCUUCCCCGCCCUCCCCGGUUUCACCUCGCCGAGAGCAUCCCCCUGGUUCUUCUCCCUGUCCUGGAUCUGACGGCUCACAUCGUUGGUGCUACACAAGCUAGAAUAGAUAUAUUUAGAGAGAGAGAGCUAUUUUUACGAUGAAGCCCACAAUUAGCUGUCCUUGAACGCCGCAGAGCCCCCCUCCCCAAAAGAAGAGUGAUCGCUCGGCCGGCCUGAGCGCCCCCUGGGCCGUCGCCCCUCGCAGGAGCAGCGUGGCUGGCUGGGCGCUCGCCCACAGUUUCUGUAAAUAGACGGCUAUCUCCUAUUUUACUGUUCUUCAGAUUUAGUACUUGUAAAUACACACACAUUAAGGAGAGAUUAAACAUUUUUGCUAAA